GCGUUUUCGCACAGUCAUGUCACACAAGAAACGCUGCGAAUCAGUGUGCUCUGUCCACCAUUUUCCUUGCACAUGAUCUGAACCACAACCCUACAACCACUCAACCAGAGAAGAGACGAGUCCUCGAGUCGACGAGUAGACGACACCCACACAGCUCAAGCAAGCUCCUCAAGUCCCACUCUCAACGCCACCCUUGCCUACACCCAAGAGCACUCGAGCAAGAAGGUCUGGACCAUCAACAACCCUAGUACCCAACCACAGAGAGACAACUCACCCAGCACAGACAACCCUGCACUUCUAUCCACCAUGUCCGAUCCAAAGCCAACUGCAAGCGCACCAACAAUGGCAGGCGCCGCCAUGUGCAUGGCCGGGGUGUCGGUCGAAGGGAUCAAGCGGCUCAUGGCACUGCUGAAGGAUUAUUAUCCCAACAACUAUGAGGAGCUCACCACACGUCAGGCGUGCAACAAGCUUGUGCUCCACCUCACAAAGGAAUGGAAGUGCUCCUACGUCGACCGGCUGCGCAAAAAAAAACCUGAGGAGGUGGGACCAGCCACGGUGUUCGUGUCGCACGCGUGGCAGUACAAGAUUUUUGACGUCCUCACCGCCAUGCUGGAGUACGCCGAGGAGGCGAAGGAGAAGCACACGGAUGAAGACAGAACCAAGGAAGCGACGUUCUUCUGGUUAGACAUUCUCUCGAUCAACCAGCACGAGGAUGUGAAAGCCACGCUUCCUGACGACUGGUGGAGCACGACCUUCAAGAGUGCCAUUGCAUCCAUUGGCAAUGUGCUGCUGGUGUUGACGCCAUGGAACAACCCCAUCGCACUGACACGCGCGUGGUGCCUGUGGGAGAUCUUCUGCGCCAUCAGCCAGGAAAGCCACGUUGAAUUGGAGAUCAGGCUGCCGCAGCACCAGCGCAUGAAGCUGAGGGAAGCUGUGCUUGAAGACCACAGGGCAAUCACGAACAUGCUGGUGGCGGUGCAAGCAGAGAAGGCCAGCGCAUUCAAGGAAGAGGACAAGGAGAUGAUCUUCAAGGCGAUUAGGGACGGCGUUGGCUUCCUACGCUUGAACAAGGCUGUGAAAGGGCAGCUGCGAGAAUGGUGCCUUGCCAUGGCAAGGUCAUUCGUGGAGGAGGCUGAGCAGGUUGGGGAUAACAACACACACCAGUUUGCAACGUUGUGCAACCACGUCGGCCUGGUCAUGGCGUACUUUGGAGAGCAUGACGCAGCAGAGGACUUCUUCAACAGCUGCCUGGCCUAUUGUCGUGACACCGUCGGAGACACUCAUCCCAACACAGCACAAGUCAACAACACUUUGGCGCGCGCGUAUGUCAACAAGGGCAAGUAUGAUCGCGCAAUCGAACUCCUUCAGGAAGUUCUGAAGAUUAAGGAGAGCACUUUUGGUCACGACCAUCCAUCCACAGCAAACACCUACCACGGCCUCGGUAAAGCGUGGUACCAUCAAAGCAAGUACGACGAGGCGAUCAAGAACUUUGAGACGGCCUUUGAAAUCCAGCGCCGCACCCUUGGCGAGGAGCACACAGACACCGCCACAACAUACCACAGCCUGGGCCUGGCACAUCACGACAAGGGAGACUGUGAUACCGCGGACAGCUACUAUCAGAAAGCUCUGUCAAUUCGGGUGAGGGAGCUCGGUGAGAACCACCCAGACACAGCAAGCACGUACAACAAUCUGGGACAAAUGUACAACAGCAGAGGCAACUACGUCCAAGCCGAAAAAUACUUCAAGAAGAGCCUGAAUAUCAAAGCCGACAAGCUGAGUGACGACCACGCGGACACCGCAGCAACGGAACACAACCUGGGCCACCUGUACGACAACAAAGGGGAACACGAUCGAGCGAUCAAGCAUUACAAGAAGGCGCUCGAGGUUCGCAUCAAGAAGCUUGGGCCAGACCACCCCGACACUGCAUGCACGUACCACAACCUGGGCCUCGUGUAUUUCAAAAUAGGGGAUGACGAGAACGCACUCAAGCAGCUGCACAAAGCCGCAAAGAUAGAAACCAAGCUGAAAGAGGAUAAUUUGUCGAAAGCAAAGACAUACCACAGCUUGGGCGAGGUGUACAAGAGCAGAGGCCAGAUCGACCGCGCAGCAAUGUACUUUCAGAAGGCACAGGCGGUUAGGGUGAAAGCACUGGGCGAGGAGCACCCAGCCACGGCUGCUGCGUACCACGAAUUGGGCGACGUGUAUGACGAAAGUGGCAGGCAUGACUUGGCAAUUGUCGCCUUUCGCAAUGCAUGGCUACUGAGUAAGCGAAUGCCUGGCGAGAGUUCACAAGCAAUAGCAGCGUCACAGGGUCGCUUGGGAGCCGCGUACGCCAGCCACAAAGAGUAUGAUCAAGCGAUCCAACACCUCACUCAGGCGCUCGAGGCUUUUUUGGACGCACCGGGCGAUAGUGACGCUGAUAUCGCAGGCACAUAUGGGUGCCUGGGAGACGUUUAUUUCAAGACAGGCGACUAUGUCCGUGCAAUCAAGAGCUGCAAGGAGGCUCUCAAUAUCUACGAGCUCAAGUUGGGUGCGCACCCACUCACGGACAAGACCUUACUCAUUUUAGGCCAGGCAUACAUGAAGACUGGUGAAUACGUCAGUGCGAUCAAGUAUUUCAACAAGCGCCUGCAGAUACUACCGGACACGCACGGUGACAAUCACCCAGACACGGCAAGUGUAUUCCACAACCUCGGCAGUGCAUAUUUCAAAACUGGAGAGUACGACAGCGCCCGUCACUUCCUAAGCAAGGCACUUCCAAUUUUGCGGUCCACUCUUGGGCCACACCACCGAGUUACCACAAGUGCACAAUGGAUGUUGCUUGAAAUGCAACUCGGGCAACAGCAGUCUCACGCAACAUCACCAAGCCAAGAUGUCCCGACGAUAAACAACCUCUUGCUUCGGUUUUUGUCGGCGCAGCUUGUGUAUCAAUCCUCUUCCGCACGACGCAACCUGGUUCUGCGCUUCCUUUGUGCAACCAAACAGCAGGCUGACGAGCUGCCCGCGUUGACUCCUUAGUACUUCCUGCCACUGUUGUUUUCGUGUUUGUGUUGUUUUCUUGCCAAUUUCGUGAAUCAGCCAUGUAGGGCCACUUCCUUCUUCUUUGCUUUCCCACCUCCCCUCUUCUCACGAUCAUGUUCUCUUUUCGUGUACCGUUGCUUUCUGCCUCCCACCCAUGCGUCGUGUUCAUUCAAAUCAUGUGAGAUUGCACAAGGGUGUUGUUUUACUGAACAGCCCGCAGACUAUGUGGACGUUUCGUUCGUGGCCCCUUCAUACACGAACUGCCAAUAGCG